GUCAAAUUCGUGUCGCAACGUGAGUUUUGAAGAUGCUCCGUCAUACAAAUUGAAUGCUCAAAUGGCGCCUCGGUAGCCUAUCAGAGGGACUGCAGAACGCAUGCGCAAUGGUGCAGGCGCACGUUAUGUUUAGAAACUACUGAAAUCGGGUGUUUUUCAGAACUUUGUUCGGUAAAGCAGCGUUUGAAACACUUGGCUUCAAUAAAUUGAGGCGCUUUGCGUAGAGGAAAGUGCAUUGAUAAUUUUAGAAAAAAAAUAAGUAAUCGACAACAGCUUUGACGGAAAAUUGCGAAAUUGUAGAAAUUUCACUGCUAAAUUUAAGCCCGUGAAAAUGCAGUAUUGCAUUAAUUGCUCGAUAAACAGUCAAAUGUGAUAGGAAAUGGGUUAUAACAACAUAUAUGACACGCAAGCGUCGUUUAUAUCUAAGUGGUAAACCCUUUUGAUCGUCUUUUGUCAUGAAUGUUUUGAGAUAUCCGAGCUUUUGACGAGGUCCUGAAGGCAGCGCAGGAGUGAGCUCGAAUGUGAGCUGUGUAGAGGAAGUGGCGCUCGGUGUGGGUCCGCACCUUUUCCGGUAACAUAGCACCGCGGGGCUGAGUGAGGGAGAGAGGGGCGAAGAGAAGCCUGAGAGCAGGGGAGUAACGGCCCGGGGACGGCGGGGAGCACGAUAGCCGCUUAGCAGCUGCUCCACUACCGGUGAAAUUCGUCGACAGGCCCCGGGCAAGUGAGGACAGCCGGCGGCCGAGGAGGAAGUGAGAAGCCCGGGCUUUGGACUGGGCCUGCCUCGGAGGAAGAAAGCGUCCGUGGAAAUGUUGAUUCUCAUGGGAACAGGUUAGACUGAAGCAUCCUCACUCGACCCCUCAAGGGCUAUACACACAGCCACUCAGGUCACGCCAGCGCAGUGUUGCACCAUUUUGAUUCCAAUUGUAAAAGUAUUUAUGCAAGAUAAACACCAUGGGGAAAAUGCUGUCAAAGAUCUUUGGCAACAAGGAGAUGAGGAUACUCAUGCUUGGACUUGAUGCGGCGGGCAAGACCACCAUUCUAUACAAGCUGAAGCUGGGCCAGUCAGUCACCACCAUCCCUACGGUGGGCUUCAACGUGGAGACGGUCACUUACAAGAAUGUCAAGUUCAACGUCUGGGACGUGGGCGGCCAGGAUAAGAUACGUCCACUUUGGCGACACUACUACACAGGCACGCAGGGUCUGAUAUUCGUGGUGGACUGCGCCGACCGGGACCGCAUCGAUGAGGCCCGCCAAGAGCUCCACCGCAUCAUCAACGACCGGGAGAUGCGCGACGCCAUCAUCCUGAUCUUCGCCAAUAAGCAGGACCUGCCCGACGCCAUGAAGCCCCACGAGAUCCAGGAGAAGUUGGGCCUGACGCGUAUCCGCGACCGCAACUGGUACGUGCAGCCCUCUUGCGCUACAUCUGGGGACGGACUCUACGAAGGCCUCACCUGGCUUACCUCAAACUACAAAUCUUAACACGCACGGACAUGACGCCACCGUUCUAGAAUUUGGAUCCUAGUUUUAAUUCCCAGUUUCGAAUUUCGGGAACGUUAAGAAGAGGAAGUUCGGAAAUGCGGUGAACUCCCGCUGUAUUGCCGAUUCGUUUUUUUCCUUUUUGUUUUUUUAAAGCUUCGGCGCCACGUUCGGCGCCGAGUAGAAUCGAGGGGAGGAGCUUCACAAAAAAUUAGCCACCAUUUUGUCGCACUUACAAACUGUUCGGAUUUUUUCCACAAUUUAACGUUAAAAACGGGGGUUCACUGUAAUUCGGAUCGGAAAUUUUCCAUUUUCCGCCAUUGAUGGUGAUAAACGUCCAAUUCAUUUCGUCUAGGAGGGAUUGCAGCGAUCAUUGUUUAUCACCGUCAAUGGCACUGAAACUGUCCAGAAUUAAAAAUACAAAUAAACAUGGAAAGUUUCCGAUUCCACCCUACUCACUAUAACCCCAAACUAAUUUUCUUUAUGACUUUGCUUAGCUCUUAUUUUUGCCACGGCGGCAUUCGGGAAUCUCGCCACGAGAAUUCCGGCUACAUAUCCAAAGUUUGGGAGAGUCACAACAUUUGCCUUUUUCAGCUACAUUUUUCAAAGAAUGUCUUUUUUUCCGGACCUGGACAACAACAACAACAACAAUAGAUUGUACACCUUUUCGGAUGUUGGAUAAUCACACACUGUGAUAUGAAUCUUUUUUUUUUUUUUUUUUUUUUG